UUCGAGUCGUGGGGUAACAUGGGAGCAGUUGAGUCGACAUCGACGCAAUUGUUCUCGCACCCGAUCCCGCACAGCGAGCUUCCUGGGUACGGGCCAGUGCAUGUGAGCCCUGAUGCGCUCCCUCUCGCAGACCACAUCUUGACGCAGUGGGAGAACUUCAAGCGUGGACUGUCGAUCUCGGCGGACUCCAACUACCUCGGCACACGUUCUCGCGAUGCGACCGGCAAGGCUGGGGCGUACACGUGGAUUACGUACAACCAGACGCUCAAGCGCGCCGAGCGUAUUGCGACGGGUUUCCAAAAGCGCCUGCACGUCCGUCGCCAGGAAAUGGUUGGCGUGAUGAGCAAAAACCGCGCAGAGUGGGUGCUCACGGAAAUUGCAUGCAACCGCAUGAGCUACGUUCUCGUCCCUCUCUACGACACCCUCGGUCCCAAAGCGAUCCCUUACAUUGUCAACCAUUCUGGCAUGCGGGUGCUCGUGGCCGCAGGGGAGUUGAUUCCGAGCAUUCUGGACGUCAAGCACGAGUGCCCGACUCUCGAGUUCCUUGUUUCCAUGGAUGUGGUCACGCCGCGGCAGCGUGCGGACGCGGAAGCGGCAGGAGUGUCGUUGAUCACGUUGGACGACAUCGAGGCAACUCCAGACGCGACGGUCCCGGAAGACCCGCCGCUUCCGUCGGACUAUGCAACGAUUUGCUACACAUCGGGGACGACGGGUGACCCGAAGGGCGCGAUCUUGACCCAUCGCAACCUCUCGACUGCAACCGAGAUCGUGACGCAUCGAGUGAUUUCGCAUCCGCAUUACGUUCACAUGUCGUACCUUCCGCUGGCUCACGUGUUUGAGCGCGUGAACGCGGCCAACAUUACGCGCGCCGGCGCGUCCAUGGGGUUUUACCAAGGCGACAUUCUCCAUCUCAUGGACGACAUGGCCGAGCUCAAGCCGCACAUCUUUGUGUCAGUGCCGCGCCUCUUCAAUCGCGUGUACGACAAGAUCAUGCAGGGCGUGAUGGCGGCAGGCGGUCUGAAGAAGCUCCUGUUUGACUACGCGUAUGCAGCCAAGAAACAGGCGCUCGACGACGGCACGAACGUGCAUGCGCUGUGGGAUGCGCUCGUCUUCGCCAAGAUUCGCAACGUGCUGGGCGGCCGCGUCGAGUUUAUCGUGUCAGGGUCGGCACCGUUGGCGGCCAACGUCAAGGAGUUUUUGAAGAUUGCGUUUUCAUGCCGCGUCGAAGAGGGCUAUGGCCUUACCGAGACGGCGGCGGCCGCGACGCUGUCGAUCCCGGACAUCCCGGUCGGCGCCCACGUCGGGAUGCCGCUCCCGAACGUCCAAAUUCGGCUGGCCGACGUCCCAGACAUGAAUUAUACGAGCGCGGACGUGCCACGUCCGCGCGGUGAGAUAUGCAUCCGUGGCAGCAACGUCUUUGCUGGGUACUACAAGGACCCGGAAAAGACGGCCGAGUGCCUCGGGCAAGAUGGGUGGUUCUCGACGGGCGACAUUGGCGCGUGGAAUGCCGACGGCACACUCAGCAUCAUCGACCGCAAGAAGAACAUCUUCAAGCUCGCGCAGGGCGAGUACGUCGCGGCCGAGAAGAUUGAAAACGUGUAUGCCAAGAGCCCGUUUGUCGCGCAAAUGUUCCUUUACGGCGACCCGUACCAAAGUUACUUGGUCGCGAUCGUUGUGCCCGACCCCGACAUUGUGCAAACGUGGGCCACCGAGCGCAACAUUCCCGACGGCCACAACAUGACGAACAUGGCGCAGCGCGCCGAUUUGAAAGCAGCCAUCUUGGCCUCGCUGGCGGACGUCGCGAAAGAAGCCAAGCUGAACGGGUUCGAAUGUGCCAAGGACAUUUACAUCCAUCCCGACCCGUUCUCAGUCGACAACGACUUGAUCACCCCCACAUUCAAGCUCAAGCGUCCCCAACUCAAGGCGUACUUUCACCGACAAAUCGAUGCCAUGUAUGCCGGCCUCCAUUAGACGGUCCCGCAGUCGGGAAGCGCUACUACCUCGUGGACCCAGCGCUCUCGCUAAUGCAUCCACAUGCGUCGCGUUGCUUUCCUCA